AACAAAAUUAAGUCCACCCUCUCUGGAAGACGAAGAAAAGACGAAGACGAAGACGAAGACGAAGAGCCCUUUACUCAGCUCUGAAAAAAUAGAAAACCAGUUCAGACUUCGGCCGCAUUAUGUAAUUUAUUAAGUUUUUUAAAGAUCCGGUUAUGUAAUUUUUUUUUUGUGAUUUUUUCAACCAAUCAGAUGGCUUCGAUUCGUAGAACUCUGUCGCCGGCAUAUCACCACCGUUCUUACCAGAACGGCGCGGGAUUCUCCUCUCCGUCUCACAAGUUUUUACCCAACGGGAACAGCAAACAUUCCUCUUCAAGGCAUUUACCGCUGUUAUUCACCGCCGUAAAUCUAGUCUACCGCAAAGGAUGGCGGCGAUCUUUGUGCUGGUGUCUCUUCUUUUUCCUUAUAGGGUUCGUUUUUGGAAUCACGCUGUUUGGAAACAUGGAUACCGAUAUCCGAGCCAAGGAUUUCGCAUUCCCGGAACUCAAGCCGCCACAUGUUGACCUCCGAUUGGACGAUCAGAUUGUUACCUCUGUGUCAUUGGGCAUUCAUACCAGAUUGCAAGAACCAAAGGAAGUUGACGAUUUAAUCGGGCCACCGUUAAAGCAAUUAAUCGUCGUUACGCCGACUUAUAACAGGGGAUUCCAAGCGUAUUUCUUGAACAGGUUAGGGCAAGUUUUGAGGUUAGUGAAACCGCCGUUGGUUUGGAUAGUGGUGGAGGAGAAAGUAGCGUCAUUUGAGACGGCAGAGAUUUUGAGGAGAACCGGUGUUAUGUAUCGGCACGUGGUGUGCACGCGCAGUCCUAGUGAACCGAAGGAUCGAGGUGUUCAUCAAAGGAAUGCCGCUUUGGAACAUAUUGAACGGCAUAAGGUCGAUGGGAUCGUGUUUUUCGCCGACGAUGACAAUGUCUACACGGUGGAGUUGUUUGAAAGCUUGAGAACUAUUAGACGAUUUGGAACUUGGCCUGUUGCCAUGCUGGCACCAAGCAAAAACAAGGCAAUCCUGGAAGGUCCGGUAUGCAAUGGAAGUCAAGUAAUCGGAUGGCACACAAAUGAGAAAAGUAAAAGACUUCGUAGGUUUCAUGUUGAUAUGUCAGGAUUUGCUUUCAACAGCAGCAUUUUAUGGGAUCCAAAGAGAUGGGGACGCCCCUACUCAAACCCAAUUCGACAAUUGGACACUGUGAAGGAGGGUUUCCAGGAAACUACGUUUAUAGAGCAAGUGGUUGAAGAUGAAAGUCAAAUGGAAGGUAUAAUACCUGGUUGUUCCAGAAUCAUGAACUGGCACCUUCAUUUAGAUACCAGCAAUCUAAUUUAUCCCAAAGGCUGGCUACUUGAGAAGAAUCUCGAGAUUACCUUGGCUAUCAAGUGACAGAAGUUCAUCUCUACAAUUUUUUUAUGCUGAGGGCAUAAAUGCUAGUUUCCUAUCACGGUUCUGCCUGUAUAUUUUGCUGGUGGCUCAUUAGUUCAACUUUCAUCAGCAGAAUUUGCUGCAACCAUUUUCAUAUAGCAGGGCCUACAUUUAUUCAUCUGGCAGUAACGAAGAAACAAAAGAUUUGUGAUUUUUUGUUUCUAGAAUUUUGUAGUGUGACUGUGCGAGGUAUUCAUAUAGAACAAAUUCUUGUAGAGUUGUGGUGCUUGGUGUUUUGUGGGGUGGGAGGAUUGAGUUGGCUCAUUAGGUGGUGUUUGAUGGGGCUGCUUGUGGAUCCAUAAUCUAUGCCCUGUAUUGAGGCAUUGUAUCAAAAUCAAGGGUGAUUUGUUACCUAUCCAAGCAUUUUUUCUUUACCUCAUUCUUUCAAGGUCAGGUUCAUUUGUUGUUUUCUCCCCCAAUUGUGGGUAUUGUCCUCAAUUGGGAUGGUUGAAAAAGUCUUACAUGUUGACAUUAUUUUACUUUAUUGAAUAAAAGAAAGUGAUUAUUUUACUUUA